UCAGCUGUUGCUCAGUUUGUUUUGUGUAAAUAAUUGGAUGCGGAGAAAAAACUUAUUUUUAUUAUUUCAAGUCCGCUGUUUUGACUCUUUUACACUCUCUCCAUGUCGGACGACAUCAAAAAGUAUUUAGAUGGGCUGCUACAGAAGGUCAGCGGCCUGUAUGUGAUUCAGAUUACGGAUCGCGACGGAGUGCCCCUCCUCCGAGUCAGUCAGGAAAAGAACGUGGACUUUGCCCUGAUGCCCUCGUUUAUUCCGACAUUCACCACUGCCUGUGACCAGGCGAGCAAACUGGGAUUGGGGAGGAACAAGACUAUCAUCUCCAUGUACUCCAAUUACCAGGUGGUGCAGAUGAACAAACUGCCGCUGAUCCUGACUUUUGUGGGGGCGGAGAACUGCAAUACGGGCCACAUCCUCGCUCUGGAGCACCAGGUUGAUGGUUAUCUGGAGGACAUUAAGCUCGCCGUCACCGAGGCAUAGAAUUAAUCUAAACUGUAAUAUGCAUAUUUUUAAAAAUUACUAAAUGUUUAUACUUUAUUGAAAA